CAUGAUGCUGAUGCGCCGGGCUGCGCUGGGGUGUUCACUAAAGGAGACUAACGGAUCAAUUAGAGGCUCUUACCUCAAGAAAUCAAGCACUGGCUCAAAAUAACUUUUCUAACUAUUCCUAACGAUGUUUUCCGAGCAGGCUGAUUUAAAUGACAGCUUUAACACGAGCGAGGAAGAUCGGUUAACUCUUCUGGAUGAGGACUGGAGCGACUCGCCAGUGGAGACGCUCUCACGCGCGGGCUUCAUCGCCCUGUCAGUGUUCCUGGGAUUCAUCAUGACUUUCGGCUUUUUCAAUAACUUUAUCGUAUUAGUCCUCUUCUGUAAGUUUAAGACGCUCAGGACGCCAGUUAACGUGCUGCUUCUUAACAUUAGCGUCAGUGACAUGCUGGUGUGUAUGUUCGGGACGACCCUGAGCUUCGCGUCCAGUGUGCGGGGACGGUGGCUGCUCGGACGGAACGGCUGCAUGUGGUACGGCUUCAUCAACUCUUGCUUCGGCAUCGUAUCUCUGAUAUCCUUGGUGGUUCUUUCUUACGACCGCUACAGCACAUUGACGGUGUACCAUAACCGUGGUCCAGACUAUCGCAAGCCUCUUCUGGCAGUAGGGGGUUCGUGGCUGUACUCUUUGAUCUGGACGGUGCCCCCUCUUCUGGGCUGGAGUAGUUAUGGGCUGGAGGGUGCAGGAACCAGCUGCUCUGUAUCAUGGACCGAGCGUACGGCCAAGUCUCAUGCCUACAUCAUCUGUCUGUUUCUAUUCUGCUUGGGCAUACCAGUGCUCAUCAUGGUCUACUGCUAUGGGAGAUUGCUGUAUGCCGUCAAACAGGUAAACUGCAGUUCUGUGUUGUGCAUGAAAAACAGCUUGGAAUAG